AUGAUCUUCAGCUCAAAAGCUCAAAUCCCUUGCCGGAGCUGUGGCCACCGCUUUAAUGGCAAACUCAAAACGAGCCGGGCUACCUUCAAGAGUGCAUACUGCUCCCGCUGCUACUGUCGUAGCAUGUCGGGUGGACGUAUGUGCAGAAACCCACGGGUGUCGGCGCCCCAUGGUCAGCAUGAUCGCUGGAGUUCUUUUGGUGUUGGGGCUCAAAUGGUUGGGGAUAGCCCCUAUUGUGCCGAGCACUUGACCUGCCACGACCAUAGCAAUGGGAUGCGGUGUAUGAGAUUUGUCAAGAAAAACGACCCCGACAAGUUUCACUAUUGCGAUGCUCACAGCUGUGCAUCACCGGACUGCAGUGCCCAAAAGGGUACAGACCACUCAUGCUGCCCAGACCACCGCUGCAGCAAGCAAGGUUGCAGCAGUCCACGCUCCGGCCGCAACGUCGGCUGGUGCCCAACGCACACCUGCGAGGUGGAACACUGCACCAGCGAGUGCGCAGGGGAAGGACCGCCGAGGAGCGCAGGACGGCUCUGCGAGCACCACCGCCACUGCAGCGCGACCAAUUGCAUGCAACACUGCCACCGCCGCGACAACGGCGAGUACGCGACCCUGUGUGGCCGACACUACUGUCGAUUCCCUGGUUGCAGCAAGCAGCAGAUUGGGCUGGCGGGCACCGACGACGCCACCGGCGCCACGAUGAUACACGGCAACGUGGGCCCCAACGCCGCCGGCGACCGCGUCCCCGGCUGGCCCGGUUUCUGCCAGGACCACGCCUGCGUCGCACCGGGCUGCGGCAACGCGCGCGUCGCCAUCGCCCUGGGCGGGCAGUGGUGCCACGUACACGAGUGCGAGGUCCUCGGGUGUCGGUACCAGAAGAUCGCGGGGGGUUCCAAGUUCUGCCGGGAGCACGUCUGUCAGCGGCGCCAUUGCCCGCGCAAGGCGGACGAGAGCGGCGACGGCUUCUGUGCGAGACACCGUGGGUGCGCCGAGGCAGGGUGCAAUAGGGAUCGUUACGUGGACGACGAUGUGGUUAAUGAAAGAUGCGAUAGACACUACUACGUUCCCUGCCACUGGACCAGAUGCGAGGAGAAGCCCGUGGCCGAGAGCGCGUUUUGCGAGGAGCACGUGUGCGCGCACCGGACGUGCCGUGACGGGCGCGUCCCCGGCAGCCCGUCGGUGUACUGCGGCGGCCACACGUGCGCGGCCGAUGGGUGCUACGAGCUGCGGCGGCACGCGACGCUGCCCGACGGCGCCAUGGCCAUCGGCGGCGGGCCCAACGGCCACGGCCUGACGUCGUACUGCAGCAACCACUGCUGUCACAGCAGCGACUGCGGCGACCGCUGCGCCGACGGCAAGGUCUACUGCUCGGCGCACAACUGCGCCGUCGACGGCUGCCGCGAGAGGGGCACCGUCAACGUCCCGCCGCAGACUUACAAUGGGCGCAUCAUCUCGAAUAAUAACGCAAAGGUCUGCGAAACGCACUACAUCAGGGAGGACUAUCGCCGCAUCGGAAACGGUGGCAUCGGGAACGGCGGCGGCGGUGGCGGCAGCGGUGAUGAGUAUGGCCCCGACGUGAUUGGGCGCUUGUUGGGUCUCGGUGGGAGAGGCGGCAGGGAAAGGGGCAUCCAUAUCAUCGCCGACUCUCCGAACCCUUUCGAGAGCCCCAUUCCAGGAGCCGGGGGUUGGCAUACUCACUGGUAG